AUGUCGAAUUCAAUGUCUGUUUCUACCUUCGAUGCGCAUGAAUUAUCACCCGGAGACUCUUUUUUAAUUAAAAGCCCAUCGAAGGACGAUGAAAACAUUGUAAAAAGUGUAGUGUAUGCUGGUGAAAAUUUGAUUUUAUAUGAUAAAUUUUAUGAAAAAAUCCGUUUUGAUCUAGUUAAUGACGAUUCCAUAAUUACACUCUUAGAAUUAGCAUUUAACUAUAGUUAUUUAUCGUCAAAACAGCUCGAGUUUCCAAAUAUCGAACCAGAAAUAACCCAAAAAGACUACGAAACUAGAAUCCAUGCAUGGAAGUCUCGGAUUGAAACACUAAUCAAAAACAUACUUCUCCCGAGGAAGAUUGUCUCCAAAGUUUUCAUUCCUUUGCGUCCUUCUUUGAUUGAAGUUAAUACUCCAAUAUAUAGAAAAUUCGAUCCGGCAAAAAAUCCACUGCAACCUAAAAACUUCCUACGCAUGAUUUCGAAGUUUUUUUCAGAUCAGAGAGUAGAUAUUUCAGAAGUUUUGCCAGUUCAAAUUCCGAAGCGUGAUACAGUUAUGCUAUUACACCAUAUGACUGUAGACAGGCAAUGGCAGUCUCAAUCCAUUCCUCCGGAGCCAAAUUAUUUAUUAUAUGAAAAUUUCGAAGAUUAUGAACAUGCAUACUUAAAUUGGUAUGAAAUAACCCACGGUUCGGUUUCUAUUCAAGACGCACGCAAUUUUAAAAAUAAUAUUAAAGUUGAGUUCGCAAACCAUCAAACAAUCGGUAAAAUCGAGAAGGAAACGCAAGAAAAGUCUCAACCGGACUUAAUUUAUUCAUACGAUUGGGUAAAAGGCCUUAAAAAGCCAAAUGAUUCGAUAAAUUUAGAUUUGUUUUACGAACCGACGAACCCACCAGAAAAGGAAAAUAUACUCGCCGAAAACAUGGUGUUUGGCGUUGACAAAGAUGAAUUUUUAAAUCAAAUGAUUUAUUUUGGAGAAUAUCAGCCAAAAAUCAAAUCGAAUGGACCGCAACAUGCUUUCAAAGUACUUCAUUAUCCAAUCAAGAGCUACGUUCAAGAAGAAUUACAAAAUGUCAUAAAUACAAAUCCAUUUAAAAUUUUCAACUAUUGUAUUGAUGAGAAACAGCUCUCUUCAUUACUAGAAGCAACCACAAAUAAUACAAGUCCGAUUGUCAAGCUUAUAAAUUCAUUUAAUCAUAUAGAAUUAAAUCAAUAUUUGGAUAUCGCGGAUAACUCAUCAUGCCAUGCAUAUAGAAUAUCGUACUUCUUCAAACUGAUGAUGAAAUAUCCAAAGAUCAGGCUCUUUAUGCUUAAUAUCUUCAAAAAUCCAGAUAAUAUCGAUUUUUUAUACAGAUUUGUCAGAAUCUUCUUGGUUUUAUGCCACGAGAACAUAAGAUUACAUAAAAGACCAGAAAACUGCUCCCAUUUCUCGAUUUCCGUUGAACAAGUUCAUUUAUUAUCAAUUCUCAUCAAUCUUCAACUUUCUCCUCCAUUUACAGAGUUCGAUUGUGAGCUCCAUCGUCUCUGCAGAGUUGAGCUUGCAAAUAUCGCCAGUUUCUUACAAAAUCCGAUUAUUUGUGUUGGAUUAAUGAAAUCCCUUAAGAACGACGUCUAUUCACCAACAUCAUUCGACAUCUGUACACUUUCCUCGAUUCCUUCCGACCAAAUCCUUAAUCUCCUCCUUAAAGAUCAAAUUUUGGAAACUGUCAUCGAAGCUUCCGAAUACAAGAUCGGUAGAUACUUCCUGAACUCGAUUAUGUGCAUGCAUUCAGGCUGGUUCGCCCACAAUUUCAUUCUCCAGAGCCGAAAUUUCAAACAAAAUGUUAUUUUCAAAAUUUCGGCCACCGCUUCGCAGUUCAUCUCCAUUAUAUUAAACCAGUACGGCCGCUACGUCUGCCAAGGCAAUUGUCCACCGCAAUUAGAUCAUAUAAACGAUAUCUUACAAGUCAUCCUUCACGGCUAUUCCAAGCGGUUCCUUCCCAUCAUAAACUCCAUAAUCCGUCUAAUGAACCAGAUAAAACUCACCGACUCCGACUCAUAUUACGAAGGAUUGGCAGGAUCGUUCCUAGGACAAAUAUGCGUGCAAGCCUUAUGUGGCAGCAACAUCAACGUUGAGGAAUGCUUCGAAAUUCUCAUGCAAUGCACGAAUUUUCCAAAUUUCUCAUCUCAAAUUUUGUUCAACGGCGAAUUUGUCCAUUUAUUACUCGAUAACUUGAUCACAGGAACGAGGAAGUCCAUGGAUGCAGCUUGGAAAAUCUUCAACGCGGCCGAGAAAAAUAAAAAUGCGGUCAUCAGCACUUUUUCUCUACCGGACUGUCAGAUAAAGUUCCAGAAGAUGGCGGAGACACAAAAUCCUUUUGUCUUCAGAAAAUUCUGCAAAUUUAUUAUGACAUUGACAAGAAUUGGAGGAUUUGGCCUCCUGGACAAUUUCCUACCACUAAUUGCUCCUAAAAUGGGAAGUUUCGCGUGCACGAUCAAAAAUUCUUAUUUGAUUUUCGGAAAUUCCAAGGCAGUUCGGGUCAUGCAGCAAAUGCUGACUAAACUGUUCUCUUCUGAGAUCAAAUCGGACUUCAGAUCAAAUCUGAAACAUCAUCUUGAGUCACUUAAGUUCGAAAUGAACAAAUACAAGAAACUCUAG